GGUGGCUGGUUUCGCCUGCAGUGAGUUGGGCGGCUCAUGCAGACAAACAUCGGCUGAGUCCCGUUCAUUCUGGCAUGAUUAAAACUCACACAUUUACCGCAUCUAGACAGUGAAAGUGCUCGUGAAGCCAUGUGGAUUACCCCGGAGGAGGUGUUACUGGCCAACGCGCUGUGGGUGAGCGAGCGGGCGAAUCCGUUUUUCAUUCUGCAGCGGAGGAAGGGACACGGGCGCGGAGGAGGCAUCACGGGUUUGCUGGUGGGUACGUUGGAUGUGGUGUUGGACUCGAGUGCUCGCGUGGCUCCGUACAGGAUCCUGCACCAGACGGGAGAGUCACAGAUCUUCUGGAAUAUUGCUUGUGGCUCAUCUCGUAAGGAGAUCACUGAACACUGGGAGUGGCUCGAGACAAACCUACUCCAGACUCUAUCCAUCUUUGACAACGACGAUGACAUUACCACCUUCGUCAAGGGCAAAAUACAGGGCAUCAUUGCUGAAGAGAAUAAAAGUGGCAAACCUCAGGAAGAAGACGAGGAUCCCGGGAAGUUCCGUGAAGCCGAGCUGAAGAUGCGUAAGUUGUUCGGAAUGCCGGAGGAAGAGAAGCUGGUGAACUAUUACCCCUGCAGCUACUGGAAGGGCAGAGUCCCGCGGCAGGGCUGGAUCUACCUGUCUGUAAAUCACCUCUGCUUCUACUCCUUUCUGCUGGGAAAAGAGGUUUCGCUGGUGGUGCAGUGGACGGACGUCACGCAGUUGGACAAGAACGCCACGCUGGUUUUCCCCGAGAGCAUCCGCGUGAGCACACGUGACACCGAGCACUUCUUCUCCAUGUUCCUCAACAUCAACGAGACCUUCAAACUGAUGGAGCAGCUGGCCAACAUCGCCAUGAGACAGCUGCUGGACAACGAGAGCUUCUCCGCCGAUCGCUCGCUCCCCAAACCCUGCAAGACCCUGAAAAACGUCUCUGCACUCAAGAGGGACUUGGACGCACGUGCAAAGAAUGAGCGGUACAGAGCGCUAUUCCGACUCACACAGGACGAGCGUUUGGAUGGACACACCGACUGUACGCUCUGGACACCGUUCGCUAAGAUGCAUGUCGUCGGCCAAAUGUUUGUUUCUAAUAACUACAUCUGCUUUGCCAGUCGAGAGGAAGAUCUGUGUCAACUUAUCAUUCCACUGAGAGAGGUGACUAUAGUGGAGAAAGCGGACAGCAGCAGUGUUUUGCCGAGUCCACUGUCGAUCAGCACUAAAAACAAGAUGACCUUCCUGUUUGCCAACCUCAAAGACCGUGACUUCCUGGUACAGCGCAUCUCUGACUUCCUGCAGCGCACGCCUGACAGGCCAUGUGGCCUGAUCACGCAAUCUGAGAAUCCCAGCCCGAGUACGCCACCCUCUCUGCCCCCAUCCCCUCCUGUCCUGGGGCUCGGAGAGAUGCCCCAAAACCAACACUACAGCCCCAAUCUGCCCACUGCCAAGAAGGGCCUACUGCAAAUCUACCAACAGGACGUCCCGGAGGAGCUGGGGCCCAAAGUGACGAGAGAGAAGAUGAAAGAGGAAUCAUGGAACAUCCAUUUCUUUGAGUUUGGCCGCGGAGUGUGUAUGUACCGCACAUCUAAGAGCAGAGAGCUGGUUCUGAACGGGAUACCAGAGAGUUUGAGAGGAGAACUGUGGCUGCUGUUCUCAGGUGCUCAGAAUGAGAUGGCUACACACCCGGGUUACUAUGGCAGUUUGGUUGAGCAGGCGAUGGGUAAAUGUACUCUAGCGACGGAGGAGAUUGAGAGAGACCUGCACCGCUCCAUGCCUGAACAUCACGCCUUCCAGAACGAGAUGGGCAUCGCUGCCCUGAGACGCGUCCUGACCGCCUACGCUUACAGAAACCCCAGCAUCGGAUACUGCCAGGCGAUGAACAUCGUUACGUCCGUGUUGUUGUUGUAUUGUACUGAAGAGGAGGCGUUCUGGUUGCUUGUGGCGCUGUGUGAACGGAUGCUGCCCGACUAUUACAACACUAGAGUUGUAGGAGCGCUGGUGGAUCAGGGUGUGUUUGAGGAGCUCACCCGCGAGUGUUUGCCGCUGUUGUACGAGCACAUGCAGGAUUUGGGCGUCAUCUCCACCAUCUCUCUGUCCUGGUUUCUCACACUCUUCCUGUCCGUCAUGCCUUUCGACAGUGCGGUGCUGCUGGUCGACUGCUUCUUCUACGAGGGCAUUAAAGUCAUUUUCCAGGUGGCAUUAGCUGUGCUACAUGCAAACAUGGAUCAGCUGCUGUCCUGUUCAGAUGAGGGAGAGGCCAUGACUAUUCUGGGCAGACUGAGCCAUAAAACCCUAAUGGACCAGAUAUCUGCCAAGAGGAGUGUGGUGAGAGCGAUCAUGACAGAGUCCGCUUUCAGUAUUGAGGAGUUGGAAGAAUUGUAUGUUCUUUUUAAGGCGAAGCACAUCAUGAGUUGUUACUGGGGUGCGAGUAGCACCGCGGCGGAGCGGCACGACCCGAGUCUGCCGUAUCUGGAGCAGUAUCGCAUCGACAGCGGCCAGUUCACUCAGCUCUUCUCCGCUCUGGCACCCUGGAGCUGCGGCCUUCACACCAACACGCUCUCCAGCCGACUCUUCCGCCUGCUCGACCAAAACAAAGACUCUCUCAUCAACUUCAAAGAGUUUGUCACCGGACUCAGUGGAAUGUAUCAUGGCGAUAUGACGGAAAAACUCAAACUUCUCUACAAACUCCCGGCUGAAUUACAAUCAGAUCCUCCCUUCCUGUCUCAUCUGGACUUCCUGGCACAGGAAGUGACCUCAGGUGAGGAGCUGAAGGAGGCAGGAGACGCAUCAGCGGCCGGAGACACAGAUGAGAGAAAAGAGGAGAAGCCGAAGGACUAUAAGUACUAUCUGAGAAUGUGGGCCAAAGAAAAAGAGCCAAAGAAGGAGAGUAUCAAAGAUCUGCCUCGGAUGAAUCAGGAGCAGUUCAUUGAGAUGUGUAAGACUCUCUACAACAUGUUCAGUGAAGAUCCCAUGGAGCAGGAGCUGUAUCACGGCAUCGCCACGGUGGCGAGUCUCCUGCUGCGCAUCGGAGAAGUGGGUAAGAAAUUCACCAACAACGGCAGCCAGAAAACCGAAGUCCAGCUGCCCUCAGCAGUCGACGCUCUGCAGCCGGAGAGGGAGGACUCGUCCGGGGAGGGAGGAUCAGGACAGUCCUUGGUCUCCAAGGCCCUGGCGGAGGCGCAGCUGGAGACACCACCUGCAACAGCGGCCGGCUCCGACGAAGAGGCCAAAGAUGACACGUCCGUUUCGUCCUACUCUGUAGUGAGUGCUGGUUCGCUGCAGUGCGAGGACAUCGCCGACGACACGGUGCUGAUUGGCUGCGCGAGCGGAGACGUGGUGGAUCGGAGGCGGGGCAGUGUGCCGGAUGCCGAUUGGUCGAUCACCUUUGAGCAGGUUUUAGCAUCGUUCCUGACAGAAACAUCGCUGGUCGACUACUUUGAGAAAAAACAUGACAUCCAGAGCAAAAUAACAGCAUGCAAGUCACUGAGAGCCGUGGAAAGACAGACAAGUACGUCAAGCGAUCACGAUUUCUCUCUGAACACACACUGACAGGCUCAUAAAAACAUGCAUGAAAACAAACACACAAAUACAAAACAAGAAUAUGUGUAUGUAUGUCCGGUUAUUAUCUAUAGGAGUUUGAUACUUCUGUGUCAUAGUCAAACAAAUAGUGUUUAAUUCAAUACCAGUAACCUCUGGAGUUUAGAUGUAAUAACCACGUUUCACUCUAGCAUAGGGGUUUUGAUGGGUUGAAAGCGUCAACUAGCAGGUCUGGAAUAGAGGAUUAUGGGAUAUGGCAUGCUUCGGCUCAUACAGAUCAAAGAAUGAAACAUCACACUAAAAAUAUUUGAUUUGCACACUGAAAUAUCCCACACUACAGUGUACAUGACUAAUGCUUUCUUGCACGCGUGCUAUAGCUGGAUAUAUUCUGUGUAUUCAGGAGUAAGAAGUGCCCUUUCGGUGAAGAAUCCAACUCAUAGCUCUGCUCAGAUUCACUUCAACCCCUCAGAUGGAAACAGUCUCUUAGCUUUGGUUCAAAGCCAUGUUUCUCUGUGUUAAAAAUCAGCUUUACCGUUUUUAAGUAGGUCAUUGCCUUACUGAAGUGAACAGAUGCAUCGUUUGUUCGAAGACAGCGUUGCACGUGUUUGUUGUGGUGUUUUGCGAGGACAGCGCCAUAGUUAUGUUCUGUCAGAUGUUUGGUCACCAGAAGCUACACAAGCGGUACAGCGCUGGCUUAUCUUAGCCGUCCAAACCAUAAUGAGAGAUGCAGUCAAAAAUGUAGCCGAUUAAUUUAGCACAAUAAUGGCCUUUACCACAUAAAGCAGGAAUUUUUUCUCUUUUAUUCUCCAAAAAUGUUUUUUGCUGUCAGGCCAGAAUAAGCAUGUACAAUCACUGGGCUUCGUUCAUGAAACUCAAGCAGAGCGAAUUUGGCAUUUGUACAUGAAUUGUCACAUUGAGAUAAAUAAAAACAUUCAUAAAUUGGAUUGAAUGCACAAUGCAAACAACAUUUGUAAAUGUUUGUAAAUUGAGGCACUGAAUUAAAAUUAAGCAUUCAAGAAUUCACUAAACUGUUGAAUUAAUCAUGUAAAUUAUUAAAUUAAAUUUAGUGCAUCAAUUUACUGUUUUAUAAACACUUUUUAGGCAUUGUGUGUUAAAUUAAAAGAA